AUGGGCUUCGUCGCGAUAUGUACCGCCAUCUACGACUACCACCCGCAGAGCACUGGCGAGCUAGAGAUCAAGGAGGGGGAACUGUUAUAUAUCCUCGAAAAGAGCACCGAGGAUGACUGGUGGAAGGCGAAGAAGAAAGCUGCUGGAGACGAUGAUGACGAACCUGAAGGCUUGAUUCCGAACAACUAUGUCGAAGAUGCAAAGCCUGCCCAUACCGCCAAAGCACUCUAUGACUACUCUCGACAGACAGACGAGGAAGUCUCUUUCGCGGAGGACGCUAUACUGAACGUCUACGAUACCUCCGAUCCCGAUUGGACCCUGGUUGGGAUCGGUGAUGAUUUUGGUUUUGCGCCCGCCAACUAUAUCGAGAUCUCAAGCACAGCCGCCGCCGCCGCCGCCGCUGCUGCUCCUGCUGCUCCUGCUCCUCCUCUACGGUCCCCCUCUGUACGAUCAAGAGCAUAUUCCAACCCACCGAUAGCUGAGCCAGAGGCCCCCGCAAGUCCGAUCUCUCCGGCUAGAUCAGUGCAUAGUCCUGCCGCGAAUCUGGCACGCGUCUUGGGAGGAGGAGCUCCCACUUCCCCGACAGCUGCUCGACCAAUAUCUUCUCCGCCACCUGCGAUCCCGCGUCAACAGUUCACUCCAGAUGCCUCGGACGAAGAAGAGCCUGCGCCGGCCCUCCCGCGACGACCUACAUCUACAUCGCACGAACCAUCUCAAGGCCCACUUCCUUCUCCUCCUUACAAUCGCGCCAUCCCACAGCCGGAAGAUGAGGAGGCUGCGUUCCGAUCGCCUGGCGGUUUUCACCUGUACAAUAUUAGUGAAAUGGUUUCAGCCAUGGGGAGAAGGAGAAAAAUGCCGACAACGUUAGGCAUCAAUAUUGCAACGGGUACGAUCAUGCUCGCUCCCGAAAGGUCAAGAGAUGGGCCAUCACAAGAAUGGACUGCAGAUAAGAUGACGCACUAUUCUAUCGAGGGGAAACACGUCUUCAUUGAGCUGGUCAGGCCAAGCAAAAGUCUAGAUCUGCACGCUGGUGCAAGGGACACGGCAGAAGAGAUCGUGUCUGCGCUGGGAGAAAUUGCGGGUGCUCAGCGGGCCGAAGGUCUUCGGGAAGUCAUCACCGCUGCCAGCAGUGGCGGCACCCACAAGAAGGGAAAGGUUCUCUACGAUUUCAUGGCUCAAGGCGACGAUGAAGUAACAGUCGGCGUCGGAGACGAGGUCAUCAUACUCGAUGACACUAAAUCUGAAGAAUGGUGGAAUGUAAGGCGCCUGAAGAACGGCAAAGAAGGCGUCGUGCCCAGCAGCUACAUUGAGGUUACCGGGUUUACAACGAUAGAGCCACCUUCGCGCUCUGGCGCCAAUGCUGGUUUGUCUGUGAUAGACCAGAAUCGACUUGAGGAAGAACGUCUGGCAAGAGAGGCGGCUAAAGCUGAAAAAGCCCGUCAGGAUGCGGAGCUCGCGAGAUCUCGCAGUGAAAUUCCUCAACGCGGCAGUAGCCUCGCCGAUGAACGACCUCGCCGGCGGGGCCGGAGAGAGAGAGAUGGGCGGGAAGGGGGUCGGUCGAAGCCAGAUCCUGCCAAAGUAAGGACCUGGACCGACCACUCAGGGACGUUUAAGGUUGAAGCAGAGUUCUUGGGAGUUACCGGUGGCAAGAUCCAUUUGCACAAGGUCAAUGGUGUCAAGAUCGCCGUUCCCGUAACGAAGAUGUCACCUGAAGACCUUGACUAUGUUGAGCAGGUAACAAACGAACCGAUCGAGGAGCACAUUCCAGUGGCUGAUUUGAUCAAGAUGAAACAUCGAAAUCAAGAACACUCUAACACUCGGAGCGGAGCCAGCGUUGACGCCAGGGCGACGGAACAACCGAAAAUACCCGAAUAUGAUUGGUUUGAUUUCUUCCUCGAGGCGGGUGUUGGCCCUCAUCAAUGCGACCGAUAUGCUCAGGCCAUGAUCCGGGACUCGAUGGAUGAAAGUGUCCUUCCCGAUAUCACACCUGAAACUCUGCGGACCUUGGGUUUCAAGGAGGGCGAUAUACUGAAAGUCAUGAAGUUUUUAGAUCAGAAAUUUGCGCGAACACGAGCUCCGACGACGAACGGGAUCAACGGGGAAUCAGCACAGGGCGGCCUAUUCUCGGGUCCAGGUGGAACUUUGCAUAACAACACACGCAGAGGCAGGCCAGAGACGGCUCGGUCAACAAGCGAUAUUGUCGACGCGGAUGCCUUCACACCGAAAGAGGAAGAGAAGAGGCCACCCUCGGAUGCCAGGCCCACACCUCUUACUCAGGCGCCUCCGAGGGAGCCCGUCAAGAGUGGUUUUGACGAUGAUGCUUGGACAGUCAAGGCACCUACUCACCCUCCCGCCGCCUCACAACCUACUGCUGCUCCUGCUGUUGCCACUCCACCACCAGGGCCCAGGCCUCCUACGGGAGCAACGAAGGAUUUAUCUUCCCUGCUCGAUGGACCGCUACCGGCUCCUCUUCAGCCUACUCCAGCCCCUGCUCCUGCGCCGGUUCAACAGCCACCACCACCACAGCCUCAACCGCAGCCUGCCCCCGCACCUGUACUAUCGCCUCCUGUUCAGCAACCCCAACAGAUCGGUGCCAAUCCUGCUUUUUUCUCGCAACUAAACCAACAACCCGCACAACUGCAGCCUCAGGUGACUGCCUUCCAAUCGCAGCAACAGUUAAACAUCCCCCGACAGCGACCAUUAGCACCACAGCAAAGCUUUACCGGUGCUGGAUUGCUCCCGCCUCCCCCUCGCCCGACUUCCGCUCCUCAAAAUCCUCAACAAAACCAGUUCGGACUGCAACCAUUGCAACCACAACUGACAGGUAUUCCACGGGCAUCUGCUCUGCAAGCUUCUCCUGGGCAAAGCUUGAACGAUCUCUCGCAACAACGGCUGCAGCAGCAAUUUCAACAGUUGCAGUUGCAGCCUCAGGCUACCGGUUUCAUUCAACCAAAUCAAGGUAUUGGACAAUUUGGAUUGGCUCCACAACCUACAGGUUUCCAACAGUCGCAGCAAUUUGGCCAGUUCCAACAGCAGCCGUAUAUUAAUGGGAAUGCAGCCGGAAGUCCUUUUGCAGAUCCUCGACCACCUUUCCAGCCCCAACCGACAGGAAUACCAUUUCAACAAAGCCCGCCACCGGGCGGCAUCAACACGGUUCUCCCACCAGCACUCCAACCACAAAGGACAGGGUUUAUGUCUCCUCCCCCACAGCCGCAGAUCAACGGGUUUGGUCAAAAUCUCCAAUCACAGGCAGGGUUCCCUCAGCCGGCACCGCUUCAACCUCAGCAAACGGCCUUUCAGCAGCCACUGCAACCACAACCCACCGGCUUUGGACAAGCGCCGCAGCAGAAUGGAUUCGGGAACUUCCAAACGCCACCAGUGCCACCGAUGCCAACUCUUCCUCAACUUCCCUCCAUCGCACCUUUGCAGCCGCAAAAGACGGGUCCCGCUCCUCCCGUGAAAUUUGGCGUUCCUGAAGCCAAGAAGUUGACCCCUCAGCCAACGGGAAGAAGAGCAAACCUUGCCAAUGCGACUGCACAAAAUCCAUUCGGUUUUUGA